AUCAUCCGCGAUAGGACAUUUAUAAAAGCAGCUCCUAGGCGAAUCUACCGGCAUUGUACUCUGAAUUGUGGCAUUCGAUAGUGGUGUGACUCGAAAAGUGUCACGAACGUAAUAAAACAUUUCUGUAACUAGAGUGAAGAAUUCUGUAAAAAUUGUCAAAAUGACCCUGAACGUACCGAUGAUGAAAUUCUACAAUGGCAACGAGGUGCCGGCUUUGGGUUUGGGCACAUGGAAGUCCAAACCUGGAGAAGUCACUCAAGCUGUCAAGGAUGCCAUUGACAUAGGAUACCGUCACAUCGAUUGUGCUCAUGUAUAUGGAAAUGAGAAAGAAGUUGGUGCUGCUCUUAAAGCCAAGAUAUCCGAAGGUGUUGUGAAAAGGCAGGACCUUUUUAUAACAAGUAAAUUAUGGAAUACCUAUCACAGGCCAGACUUGGUUGAACCAGCCAUGAAGAAGACUCUGUCUGAUCUGGGUCUUGAAUACUUGGAUCUGUAUUUGAUUCAUUGGCCAAUGGCAUACAAAGAGGGUGGUGAUUUAUUCCCAAAGAAUGCUGAUGACUCUAUUGCUUUGAGCGAUGCUGACUAUGUGGAUACAUGGAAAGUUAUGGAGAGUUUGGUAACUAAGGGGCUUGCAAAGAACAUUGGUGUCAGCAACUUUAAUUCUGAACAGAUAGAGCGAGUGUUGAAGAUCUGUACCAUCAAACCAGUUACGAACCAAAUUGAAUGUCAUCCAUAUUUAACUCAGAAGAAACUUCCUAAAUUCUGCAUGGAAAAAGGUAUUCUUAUCACUGCUUACAGUCCUCUUGGAUCUCCCGAUAGACCGUGGGCUAAGCCAGAUGACCCAAAACUGUUAGAAGACAAAAAGUUGGUGGAACUGGCAAAGAAAUAUAAAAAAACACCUGCUCAAGUUUUGAUUAGAUAUCAGCUUGACCGUGGACACAUUGUAAUCCCGAAAUCAGUUACAAAAUCACGAAUCGCUCAGAAUAGUGAGGUCUUUGACUUCAAACUUACACCGGAAGAUAUCACAUACAUUGAUAGCUUCGAUUGCAAUGGCAGAAUCUGUCACAUGAAUGGCUUGGAGGAAAGUCCCCACUUUCCCUUCCACAUCCCUUUCUAAGAGAAUAAUUUAAUUAAGCGUUAACGUGUAAAAAUUGGUAUUGCUUUAAGAUUUGUUAUGUUUUUCUGUACGUUCAUUUUCUACGUGACGGUAUAAAAUAAAUUUCGCUAAAAUAUAAA